GUUCCGUGUGCAUGAGUUCAGACAGUUCCUACCCGGUGUAACGUAACAUCAAUAAAAAUAUAGAAAAUUGAGAAAUUCAACAAUUUUACAUUGAGCAAAGAUGAAUCAAGCGGAAGUAACGAAACUUAUGUCCCAGUUGCGUGUUGCCAUACCGCUUAGGCCUCGCAAACUAAGUAGUCCUAAAGGUCCAGAAGGGCGAUUAUUAAAACUGAGAAAAACCGUAACUGCUUUGCUGAAACAUGAACGGAUUGAAAUGAAUUAUGAUAGGGCUCACGAGGCCCGAGGAUACGCCGAACGGUUAAUAUCUGAUGCGAUUCGGCAUGGUGAUUGUCAUAAGGCCACAAUGGAUGUGGCUACAUAUUGGGUGCUGGAGAAGCAAUUAGUUCAUAAAUUGUUCAAAGUGUUGGUUCCGCGAUUUGCCAACUGUCAAGUGUCUUAUACCCGCAUGUACAAAGCACCCAGAGAGUAUCCCGGUCCCAAAACCGAACACAAGCGAGCGAUACUGGAACUUCGUGGCAAUCCGUAUCCAUCGGUCAAACCAGAUUUAUCCGCAAAUCGUGGACUCAUUCACAACGUGCUAUUUGAUGAGGCAAAAAAGCAGUAUCGACAUGAGAAAUAUGCGGAAAUUGCUGCGAAGCUGACGGCUGAUAGUAAAACGCUUGUUGAAUCGAAGGAAUCAGUUGUUAAUGGAUCACAAACGGGAGAAGCGGAUAGUGUAGAUUCGAAAGAAGUCGACAAGAAAGCAUAGAAUGUUCAUCUGAUGAUUAUAGCCAAAAAUAAAAUUUAGAGAGCUCGA